AGGAGAAGAAGGAGAAGGAGAGACGUUCCAUGAUGGCGACAAAGAGACUCGACCAUUUUGAAGUUUGCUGUGAGUGGGCGUCAUGUGACUUCAGAGGCUGCACCAUGGAGGAGCUGAGUGAUCACAUGACCAUCCAUCUGAGGGAUUACCUGGGAGACAGAGAUGCACUGGAGGAGCUGGAUGAGUACGCGUGUCUGUGGACAGGUUGUGACUUUGUGUCCAUGGGCAGUCCCACAGAACUUGAAGUCCACGCCUUCUUUCAUAAUUACCACAGUAAACUGCGCUUCGUGGGCUCACAGCUGCUCAAGUCUCGUCCUGAUCUUCCCGGCUGCAGCCAGGAAGUUCACAACAACAACCUCCUUCCUGAAGGAUCUGACGGCUUCAUGUGUCAGUGGGAGAACUGUGACAGCACGUUCAACAAUCCUGAGUGGUUUUACCGACACGUGGACAAUCAUGUAGAAAGUGCUGAGUCACAGUCUCUGCCACAGCAGCAGCAGCAGGCGCUUUUCUGUCAGUGGACAGGCUGUGACGCUUUCUUUAGGAUCAGAUAUCGACUGAGAGAACACGUGCGCAGUCACACGCAGCAGAGACUCGUGGCCUGUCCUACAUGUGGAAGCAUGUUCUCCUGUAACACCAAGCUGUACGAUCAUCUGCACAGACAGGCUGCACCUGUGGAGUCUCUGGUUUGUGAACACUGUGGAAAAUCUUUCUCCAGUGAGAGACUUCUGAGAGACCACGUCCGUCAACACGUGAACCAGGUCAAGUGUCCGUUCUGUGACAUGAGCUGCACGACGUUAGCUGCUCUGAAAAUCCACAUCCGCUUCCGUCACUGUGACGAGAGACCGUUCCCAUGUGACUUCUGUGAUAAAAGGUUUAAGAAUCAGAGAGAUUUACACAAACACACUGAGGUUCAUAACGAGGGAACAGUUUAUCGCUGCACAGUCGAGGGCUGCGAUUAUUCCUGUCACACUUUUCCAACCAUGACUCAUCACUUUAAGAGAGUUCACCAGGUUGGAGGAAUGUCCAAAUACAAGUGUCACCUCUGUGAUAAAGUUUUCUCGUGGUGUUACACUCUCACUCUGCACCUGAGGAACAAACACCAGCUCAAGUGGCCGUCAGGACACUCACGCUUCAGGUACAGGAAGGACGUGGACGGCUUCCUCAAAGUGAACAUGGUGAGGUUUGAGACGGUGGAAGUGACGAAGGAGAUCAUGAAGAACAUGAAGAAGAAAAAGUCUCAGAGUCUUCGCAGAAGCAACAGGAGGACGAGGGCGGCGGUAACCACGGUGACCGCAGAGACGUCCGAGAGCGGCCGUAGUUCUCCUGCAGGCUCCUCCUCCUCCCCAUCCUCCAGCUCCUCCUCGUCGUCGUCCUCAGAGGACGAGGACGUGUCUUCUCAGCCGAGGUCUCCAGUUUACUGUGUGAUGAGUUCCAUCCCUGACCUCGAGCACGAGGCUGCGAGCUUCACUCAGCGCGACCUCCACGACCCCAACGACCUCACUGACGCCACGUCAGCUGUUCAGGCUCUGACUGAAGUGGCCCGAGGCCUCGGCAUGGACGUGGUCUGACCUCUGACCUCUGACCUCCUCAGGUCCAGAAUCGGCUCCGGUUCCUCAGCUGAUUAACAGGAAGUGUGACUGUGUUUCUGUGAAGUUUUUAUGCUGAUGUCAUCGUUGAAUUUUAUUUCAUUUUAAUAAUAAAUAAAGAAGAAAACACUG